GACAAGCAAAUACAGUAUGGGCCUCACUUGAGAGCCACCAUUGGACAGCAAUUGGAAGGGAAACAUUCAGCGCAUGAAGAAGGGGAUGCAAAGAGCGUGUGGCAAGUACCCACAAACCACCAAAAUCCCCAAGGAAUCAAGGAUUCAUUGCAGGAAACGAUACAUGGCCACAAGAAUGAGAUGCAUUCACCCAUUGAUACAUGUGGUAGUACUAUAGAGAAUAAGAAACUUGAGCCGUUAAUGGAGAGGAAUGACAAGCAACAGGUAAAUGCUCAGCCUUGUCAGUUUGGACCACCUUCAUCCAGAAGUAAGCCCUAA